AUGAAAUAUGCACUUGUAAUAAAAGCUGCGAAAAGAGGAUGCUCUCCGCUGGCUGGGUGCCUGCGGCUGCUGCUGGCUCUGCACGCAGCCACUCCCAUGCACGCAAGCAUGCCGCACAAAGACAUGCUGGAAAUACACACGGACCGCAUAGGCAACUCCGAGACAGGCCAGGUGUGUAUCAACGAGAAGGGGCCGCUCAGCCCUGUCAGAGGAAAGGUGUUUUUAAACGAAGAAUAUCCGCUCAAUAUGCGAUUUGUGUUCCCCGGGGUGAUUCCAAGCUACAAAAUGGACUGGUCUUGGGACAAUGCCGAUCAGUGUGACAGUUACAUGUAUGCCAGAGACGCGAAGCACGACAAGCCCUGCACGGAUGGCAUAUACCUGAAGGGCCCCCAAAGCAACAAAGACCAGUACACAAAGUACAUCAAGGAGUAUGCGUCUGUCAUUAUCAAAAUGUUUCCUUCCCUGGACGGCGCGAAUCUCACGAUCACAGCAAACCGAAACGACCAGUUCACGAACUUCCUGCAGAAUCAGUGCACGAAAGAGCAGGCCAGCUACACGCUGGCUGCGCUGCUUCUUCUGAGCGAGGGCGUGGACGUGAACAUUA